CUCGUCUCCAUGUUGUCCAUUGUUCAUUUGGAACGCUUUGGCCAUAUGUACCCCGUGUCAACUGCAACAACCAUCCCGGUACCGGCAGGAUAUCUGGAGAGCAAUUGCCGCGGUGGUCGGGACGAUUCGUCCGCCAGCGAUGAAGGUGACCGUGAACGCGACACGGUGACGUUCUUCCUUGGCGGUUGCCCGUCCACCUCCAACCUGCAGAUGAGCGCCCUCAACACCCUCAACACCGGCAUCAUCGCACCGAGUACGGCCGCAUCGUACGGUACGUCGGCGACCGGCACAACGGCCGGGUAUGGGCCAGGUAACACCAACAGCAUUACCAACACGACCACCAGCAGUAGCGGCAGCUAUCCGAGCCUUUCGAACUACUCCGUCCCAGCGCCACCGGUCGGCAUCUAUCCGGCACUGCCGUCCUCGUCUUCGCUGUAUGGGGUUUCAAACGCCUGUGCGGCCUUCCAGUCCAUCUCCCGCGAACAAUCCGUCGGUGACAGUGCGCAAAGUUUGCUAGGUGAUGAAUGUCUGGUGUCGUCGUCAUCACCGGCAACGAUUGACCGGUCCACUGUACUGCCACGGGGGAAGAAGGCUCCGGCCAAACUGCCCCAGGUGGUACCGAGUACGGUCGGUAAGGCACCGAUGCCACCGCCACGCAAAACACUAUCCUCGCAGAGCCUCUUUCAAAUGGCCCGAGCUGAUAGCACGGACCUGGUCACCCUGGAAUCCCCAACGGUACCUGUUCCACCGUCAGCUUCAACAGUCUCGACGCCCGCGUCGUUCGCUCCGGUCGGUACCGCCGGGCCCGUCGGCUACCACCAGCAACUACCGCAGCAUCAGCAGUAUCUGCAGCACCAGCAACAGCUCCAGCAGCGGUUCGUCGACGGUAAGGUGCCACAGCAGCAGCCGCAGCAGCAUCAACAGCACGGGAAGGAUGUAUUCCAGCCUGCUCGGCGAAACGGAGGCGGCGGCCAAAAGUCUGCGCCGAUGGCCGUCGGAGACACAGUCGCUCCCGUUGGUGGCAGCGCCCUGCAACAGCCCGACGAUACCGGCUCGACGGACUCGUCCAUCUUUGACGAGGACGUUAAGAAGCGCCCCAGGAAGUUGUUUUCUUUCGGGAAGCGCUUUGCCAAGUCGAAGAAGCAGCAAUAGCGAUAGUAGGGGCAGAGGCAGCAGCAGCAGUAGCAGCGACGGCAGUAGCAGCAGCGUUAAACACAGCGACACGGGUACGAUAACGAACGGGGAAACCCACCAACAACCGGACACGUCGUCCGGUCAGCGACGACGACGACGACAGCGACGACGAUGGUCACCACGGCUCGGCGAGCCGACUGUGGGUAGUGACAGCAAACGGUCGACGGUGCCCGUCGACGGACACCAUUUGACAUAGUACUUCCGUUACUUAGGUUGUAAGGAAUAUAUAGGUUAAGGCUUUACACUUUAAGCGUACACGGCUCUGGGAACACUUAUUAGAACGAAUCAUACACGCACACAUACAAACGGCGUUAGCGUACCAAAAAAGGGAAAAACAAUUUUCGAACGUCACCUCCGCAUCAUCACGCGCAGACGUCUUUGACCAAUAUUUAAUGAUUUUUUUUACAUUUUUAGAUGAACUAGUAAUGACAUGAGACCCUGGAAGCCCGAACGAAACAUGUUUAAUAUAAUUUAAUUGUCUUAACAGAAGCUUCCGGCAUAUGUUUAAGUUGGUCUCCAUCGAGAGAUAAACGCUGACAAAAUAUGUGUUGUUUAGCGUUUUCUGUAUUCAAAUUGCGCUUAUGUAAACAGUCAAAAAACCCCCGCUCUUUUCAGAACGUCCGUAGGUGUGUGUGCGUGAAUUUGUUUGUGCAGUUAUUAUAUCUCCUGCACAAAAAAAAAAUGGGCGGCAGAAGUGCGUGCAUGGCACGUUUUGCAAAUCGAUCGGUUGUAGCAAUUAGUUUAGAUAGGCAGAGCUAUAGCAAUGGGAAAUUAAAACGGGGAAAUUUUAACCAAUUAGCCAAUCGCAGAUAAAUGCCUGGGAGACGUUGUACACGAUUACACCACAUGCACGGAACGUAGGUAAAUGGAAAAGCAAUUAUACACACCCACACAAAAUGCACUCACAAAUGUAAACUGUUAUCUAAAAAGUCUGACAAAACAAUUCUAAGUGGUCGCGAGUAGAACCACGAAGAAGGAAAUCAUAUACAACAAACCCUUCCAAACACGAAGCGAUGAAGUAAAGUAUAUGUGAAUGUGUGAACGAGAAUGCGAGAAAUAGAAGAGUGCCGCGAGGUAAAAAAAGAGUCAAUAAUCAACUAGUAGAAUAUAAUAGGAAAACAACAAAUUUACAUUAAAAUAAAUAUGAAAGGCAAAACAUUACAAAAAGAUAAAAAAAGAAGCUAGAUAGAGAGAGAAAGAGAGAAAGAGAGAGAGAUAGAGAGAAAAAGAGAGAGAGAGAGAUAGAGAGAGGGGGGGGGGGUUAAAACCGAUACAAAAUGGUGAAGGUCUUUACAUUACUGCAAGGAUAAUGGAACCGCAAAGUGCUCGAAUUGUGGUUGUGUUUACUUUGCUUUUGACGCGUUAUGGAGAGCUCUUUGCGGUUAUCUUUAGUUCCCCACUAUCCAUCAUUGGUUAAUUAUCUCCACUUGUCUAUGAACAAUUUUAAAACACACAGAGACAAACGCACUAUAGCUCACUGAAAAAUAAGCAAUGCAAACAAAAGCAAGCAAUUAAUAAUAAAGCGUGCGUAAUUAGAUUUUUUGUUUUUUGCUUACUAACAAAAAAAAACAAUUCAGCAGAGCCUUUUGCUGUACAAUUCGGACAGAUAGCAUAUUGAAAGGGAAGCAUUUUGCAAAAGUAAAAGGUUGAUCGGUCACAAAGAAGGUUUGAACUGCAAACUAAUAUACCGAAUCUCAGAAGAUAGUAAGGCUCUGCGGAACGGUGACACAUCUGAUCGCAAAAAAUAUCUGAGGAAUAUCCGAGAUCUUUAGCGUAACAAGGUAAACUUAACUAACUAACAAAGUAACAGUUAAAGGCACUUAAGGCAUCUAGGUUCGGUAAAGUAAUGUGAUUCUUUGUACAGAAAAUGAUGUCAAAAUGCUGACCUCUCGCUCAAGUAAGCCACGUUAAUUUAACGAGUAGAUGAGACGAGAAGACGUUUUGCGGCUGCAGGACAGAAGAAAUGGCGUAAUGGAUAGCUUACCUAUUUAUUUAUUGCUUAAUUGAUUUGGUUUUGAUUGUAGCACAGAAUGCGAAACAAAACCGGUUUAAGUGGUGUUUAAAGUGUGUCCUUUUCGCUGCGUUUACGUUACGCCAUUAUGCGCAUAAUAGUAUGCGUAAGAGUUAACAAACUCCGCUCUCACUUUAGGUGUUGUUUUGUUGUUGUUUGUUUUUUUGUUUAACAUGUACAAACUUUUGCUCACAAAGCGCACAGCUAUUUUUAAAGGAAAGCAAAUAGCGUAUCAGGUUCCUUCUGCGAGAAUAAAUGCGCAUCACAACAAGCACGCAACACACGUUAAAUGGCGUGUCACGUAAACUACAUACUGGAACACGAACACAAACAAAUGAAUUACGCACAUGCAACUUAGGGAUAGCAAGGGAACGGUUUUUUUUUGUUUUAAUUUUCUUUGUUGCAAACAUUCCGGCACCAUCGAUCGGGACGGUUGGCUGUUUGAUUUUGUUCAGCCCGCCAAAUACCACCUGGUGAAUGGGGUUGGGUGGGAAGGGGUGUGAAGGAAAAGAGGGAACGUGUGGGGAGGAGAGAAUAAAAAAAAACACCAAAACACGUAGUAACAGAAUGGAAAACUGUGUGUGUUAUAAAACUGAAUCCUGCUUUACUUAAAAGAGGGAGAGCGAGAGAUAGGGAG